GGAGACGAUGGAAAGCCAGGAUGCCGUCGGCCUCGACCAUGACGUCUCACUCACGGACCUUCAGGCAAUGCUUCAAGAGUUCCUCCGAUCAAGAGACGGCAACGAGAUGAUCGGAGACCUCUCGGAGGGACUAGAGGCCCGUCGGGAUGACCUCAUCUGUCCGGACCCGUCCCGGUGCCACCCCAGGACGCCAGAGGACAGAACGGCCCUGCAGAGUGGAAGCGUGGUGGUCAAGGGCUUCCGCGCGAAGGUGAACGAGCCUUGGCAGAGGCGGGCGCUGGAGAAAAGGCUGUCCGACCCGGCGGGGAGUCUGAGCGAGGACCUCCCGCUGGCCGCACGGAAGCUCUUCUACCUGGAGCGCCGCAACCUGCUCAUGUUCGAGGCGGAGCUGUUCAAGGCGGCGCUGGUGGAAGACCUGUCUCCGGCGAAGAAGGCGGUGAUCGACCGCGAGAUCUUCUCCCUCCUCGAGAAGGACCUAGCCUCCAACCUCAUGAGCUUCGUCGCCAAGCUCUUGGGCCCCGAGGGGAUACGCCGAACCACGCCCCCUACCUCAACUGCAGCUACGGUGGGCAGCUCUCAGGCGGGUGCCCCGACGGGGCUCUUCGGUGCGGCCCCGGCCCCGGCGGCGGCGGCGGUGGCGGCGGCAGCGGUUAGCGUGUCGGAAGGGGCGGCGGAGCGGCGGGAGGAGUUCAUGCUGGACUCGCUCGUGUGCGCGGUGGAAGUCUUGUUCUUCAUCUACUACUCGUACCAGGCAAGAGAGGAGACCGGCCAGGGAGGGAGGGAAGGAGGGAGACAGGAUAGUAGACCAUCUGCCGUGCUCAAGUAG